CUGAGAUGCAAAGGAAGGCGCCCAGCUAGUGCGUGUUGGUGUGUGUGCGUGAGGAUGCGGUCAUUUGACGGUGAUCUCGGUGCCCCUUUCGGCCAAUUUGCACCAUCCUGUGUGCGUGUGGGGGGCAUCACCAGGUGGUCCCAAGGGAGGGUUCCAUCAUAUAAGAAGCCCCGGUGUAGUUCUUGGAGUCCAUCACUGCCUUUUCUGUCACCCCUCUUCAACGACGGCCAAGACUUCUUCCAACUUCGCCAGAAGAAUUCACGCCCGCUCCCAGUCCCUCCCGGACCUCGAAAAUAGAACCCCAGUGCUAUCGGCGCUCCAAUAGGCCAAACAACCCCUGGUCGAUCACCUAAAAGCGGCCUACUCUUCGGCAAUCCACUCGGCCUGCCCCUCCCUCUUUUUUCCUGUUCCGUCUCAGUAGCCUUAAAAAGAGCACGUCAGAGCCGGCCUUUGUCUACACACCUUCUCAUCUCUGACAAAAAUCAUGGCUCCCGUUGCCACCUCUCCCGCGCCCUCGUCGGUGCCCCUUGUGCAUCAGUCCGAGGACGUUGUCAAGAACAUCAAGGCCAAGCUCGCCGCUGCCCGCAACGGCAACAGCAGCGAUGUGGCCGCCGUUGAUGAAGAGGCGGUCCACGCCAAGCCCGACGGCCAAAAGCUCGACGAGGUGUCAGACGCCGUCGAUGCCGUCAACGAGUACCUGGGCGAGCACCGUGACGUGUCGGUGCCACGCGACCAUGACGACGAGUGGCGCGCGGCCAAGUCCAAGUUUGACGAGGAGAAGGACAAGGAGGCAUUCAGGAACUACGAAGACGCGGCCGACCACGUCAAGGCCCUCUACCGCGAGCAGCACGAGAAGCAAACCGUGGCGUUCAACAUUGCGGCGCGGGAAAAGUACCUGGGCAAGGUGCAUGCUCGCAUGACCGUAUGGGAGGCCAUCGAGAAGCUCGACAGCCUCGUCGACGAGUCGGACCCAGACACGGAGCUGUCGCAGAUCCAACACCUGCUCCAGACGGCCGAGGCCAUGCGGCGCGACGGUCGGCCCGACUGGAUGCAGCUCACGGGCCUGCUCCACGACCUCGGCAAGCUCAUGUGCUUCUUCGGCGCAGAGGGCCAGUGGGAUGUCGUCGGUGACACCUUUGUCGUCGGCGCCAAGUUUUCCGAAAAGUGCGUCUACCCAGACACGUUUGACGCCAACCCGGACGCGCACGACGCGCGCUACAACACUGAGCUGGGCAUGUACAAGCGCGGCUGCGGCCUCGACAACAUCAUGCUGAGCUGGGGCCACGACGAGUACAUGUACUGGCGCCUCAAGGCGCAGACAACAAUCCCCGAGGCCGGGCUCGACAUGAUCCGCUUCCACUCGUGCUACCCCAUGCACCGUGACGGAGAAUACCGCCAGUUCUUUGCCCCGGGCGACGAGCAAAAGAUGACAAACGUCAUUGCAUUCAACGCCUACGACCUCUACUCCAAGAGCGACGACCCACCGGACCCGGUCAAGCUGCGGCCCUACUACGAGGCCAUCAUCGACAAGUACGUGCCCAACGGUGGCCGCCACGCCGUGCUCGAGUGGUGAUUAUUUGCCCUUUAUUUUCGUCGCCUGUAUGAGUAUCUUUCUUUCUUUCUCUACUUUCUACCUUACAACACUUUGGCCCACUACUACUCAAUCAACCCUACGAUACCGUCC